GAUCUAGUUUCCGAGUUGGUGUUUAACAUGUCCUUUACAGACAAGCAUAAACGAAAGUUCAAUUUAAACUGAGAAGCAUGACGAGCGAAAACAUAAAUGUAAACAGUGAAAUAUAAUGAAGAGAAAAUAUCGUCGCGAACGACAAAAGGUAUGAACUACCCGAAGUGCUCGUAAAUGAUCAAAUAUCAUGAAGAAGCGUGAUGGACGACGAAAUGCCAGAGGGACAAGUGUCUACGGAACAGCGUUCAAUGACGAAGUGACCAGGCGGCACCCUCGCGGCCAUGUUUCGGCUCACAUAACGAGUUACGAGCGAUCAACUUCAAUCACCGUGGCAACGUUCUGCAACCCAAUCGAGAUGGACCAUCAGAUCCGUGGUGGUACCGGUCGCGGCGACCCCGCACGACGGCCGCGACGGCGAUCGGGCGAACCGCUACCCCGUCCGCGCGAUCGUCGCAGUUGCGGAAAAGACUUCGUUCGGCUCACGUUGCCGAAGAGAAGCAUCUGGGAGUGAGCUGUCGACAGGGCGCGAGAGCAACGUGACGCAUUACACGCACGACGCGACCGUGACUAACCGUAUACUGCUACCAGCGGCGUGCACCACCACGACGAUGGCGAUGGUCCGUGUGUUGUUCUUUCUCAGCGCGACGUUCCUGACAUUCCUCGCCGGGAUCAGCGCAGCACCGAGAAGAUACGACCAACGACAACAAGGCGAGUUCAACGUGCACGCUCAGCUGGAGAAUCUCCUCUUCGUCGUGGCCGUGCCUGGCAACAACGAUUUCCUCAGCGAGCUCGCAUUGCAGGCGCUGGAACUCAAGCACCACCUGGGCUCACCCGGUAGAGUCAUCCCACCAUCUUCGUCCAAGGCUCACGAGUCGGAGGACACAUUCGAGGAGUCCAACGAUGAGCUUCGCGGUGAAGAGGUUUACAUCACUAGUACCAGCACAACUGUGCAGGCAAAUGAAGAUCGUCCAGCCAAGAAAGAAUCAUUGCACGAUGCGAAGGAGAAGAACGCGGAACCAUCGGACGCUUCAAGUCAGCAACAGCAAGCAACGACCGGCGAGGAAACGCGAGAAGAAAAAGCUGAAGGCGCCAUAAGAACAGCCAAGAGCACCAAAGGCUUCGAGUUGAUCAAGAGCCAGCAGAUGCCGGUGAUUCUGGGGUACCUCGUGGACAUACGAACUCUCGGCUCCAAGAUGGAGGGCGGUGGUCGAGCCCGAAACGUAAUCGGGAACGUUUGGAACCCCGACGUGGAGCCCGGUCGUCCGGGCACAUUGAUGAAGAAGCAGCUGUCGCGAAGAGGCCUCGACGAGGAGGACGCAGCGCCUUUGGCGACUAGCAAUAAGAACGACACGACGCUCGCCGGCGAGAAGCAGCAGGAGCUGAGGCUGUUGGGCGAUGGUGUCGAGAACUGCGGUCCAGGAAGGCGCCGUGACGCGACCGGCGUAUGCGGAUUCGACAAAUCCGAUGAUCCUCUUUCGUAGACCUAUACUCACCUCCGCCAUUGAUCGUCGAAGCCGAUGUUCUCGUCGUGUGAUUCUUAAGCCCUCGGUGUAUAACUUAUUGUAUCUCACGUUCCUUCCUCAUCUAGCGACGAAUGUUGUAAACUCGCGAAGGAAAUGCUGCGAAUGCGCGGGGAUGGUUUCAGUAUUGUAUCAAUCGGCGUAUCCGCAGUAACUAACACAUCAGCGGCCAGAUUGUCUCAUCGUUGAAUAAAAUGCAUUAAAUGACAAUAGCGUUGCGUAUUUUAAACGAGUUUGCGCACAAAGCAGCUCUCGAUCUUUUCCCGACUCAGUCUGCAUGUUUCAUUGCAUGUUCGAUGUUCGAUCGAUUGUACGUAUAUCCGCAUCCUGGUCCCUCCAACCGUGCGCGACCACCAAAUCUCCACGACGAGAGAAUCGCAAAAAUUCCGUGGAAUCACCGUAUCUUUUCUUAUCUCUCUUUUUCUCCCUCUCUCUCUCUUCCUC